GCGCGGCCCAGGGGUUGCGGCUGCUCCUUCGCUCUUCUUUCCCGCCCCCUUGUAGAGACUGAAGUGGCCGCCGGCGCUCUUCGAAGUUCCCGCCCGCCCGCCAGCCCGGCCGGCCACUGAGGGGGGAUGCUGCGGGUUGCCCGGCGGCGCUGAGACGAGAGACGAGGCCAAGGCCGCGGCUGGCCGGCUUCAGCCAUGUCCACGGGCUUCUCCUUCGGGACAGGGACGCUGGGCUCCAUGGCGACCGCCACGGCGGGCACCGGGACCACGGGAGGAGGGUUCUCCUUCGGGACGGGCACUUCCAGUAAUACCACCUCAUCAGUAGGACUCAAUUUUGGAUCUCUUGGAAGCACAACAAAUCCAACAACUACAACUGCUACUUCUGUGGGUUUUGGAACUGGACCUUUUGGUUCAAAAUCUACUACAGGGUUCACUUUAGGAGGCACUAAUACAGGAACAGCAACGACUCUAGGGACAGGAUUAACCCUGGGGACACCUGCCACUACAUCUGCAACAACAACAGGUUUCAGUUUAGGAUUCAGUAAACCUGCAGCAUCUGCUACACCAUUUGCUUUACCUAUUACUUCUACCUCAAGUGGUCCUCUCUCUCUUUCAUCUGCCCUUACAUCAACUCCAGCAGCAGCUUCCACAGGCUUUUCUUUAAAUUUGGGUGCAACACCUGCUACAACUACAACUUCAUCAACGGGGCUUUCUCUCGGAGGGUCUUUACCUGGUUUGGGAACCUCUCUUUUCCAGAAUACAAAUACAGCAACAUCAGGACUUGGACAGAAUGCCCUGGGUUUAACAUUGGGAACUACUGCAGCUCCUUCAACCACUGGCAAUGAAGGCCUUGGUGGUAUAGAUUUUAGCAGCUCUUCAGAUAAAAAGAGUGAUAAAACAGGAACAAGACCAGAGGAUAGUAAAGCACUGAAGGAUGAAAAUCUACCUCCUGUAAUUUGCCAAGAUGUUGAAAAUCUCCAGAAAUUUGUGAAGGAACAAAAACAGGUUCAAGAAGAAAUUAGUCGAAUGUCUUCUAAAGCAAUGCUUAAAGUCCAAGAGGAUAUUAAAGCCCUGAAACAGCUUCUCUCACUGGCUGCCAGUGGAUUACAGAGAAAUACUCUCAAUAUUGACAAGUUGAAAAUAGAAACUGCUCAGGAGUUAAAGAAUGCAGAAAUUGCCUUAAGAACACAGAAAACCCCACCUGGACUUCAACAUGAAAAUACAGCUCCCGCAGACUACUUCAGAGUCUUGGUUGGACAAUUUGAGGUACAACUACAACAGUACAGACAGCAGAUUGAAGAACUGGAAAAUCACCUUGCCACUCAAGCAAACAAUUCACAUAUCACUCCACAAGAUUUGUCAAUGGCUAUGCAGAAAAUUUAUCAGACAUUUGUAGCUUUAGCUGCACAGCUUCAAUCUAUCCAUGAAAAUGUAAAGAUGCUCAAAGAACAAUAUCUUGGCUAUAGAAAAAUGUUCCUGGGAGAUGCCAUGGAUGUUUUUGAGGCAAGACGAGCAGAAGCCAAGAAGUGGCAGAGUGCUCCAAGAGUUACCACUGGCCCCACCCCUUUCAGCAACAUACCAAAUGCAGCAGCCGUUGCGAUGGCUGCAACACUCACACAGCAGCAACAGCCUGCUACAGGGCCACAACCAUCUCUGGGAGUUAGUUUUGGAACACCAUUCGGCUCAGGUAUUGGCACUGGCUUGCAAUCAAGUGGCUUAGGUUCUUCAAAUCUUGGAGGAUUUGGAACUAGCUCUGGUUUUGGAAGCAGCACCACAGGGGCCUCCACAUUUGGAUUUGGAACCACAAAUAAACCCUCAGGAAGUCUUAGUGCAGGCUUUGGCAGCUCAAGUACAACUGGGUUUAACUUCAGCAAUCCCGGCAUCACAGCAUCAGCUGGCUUGACAUUCGGGGUGUCCAAUCCUGCCUCUGCAGGAUUUGGAACAGGAGGACAACUCCUUCAGCUGAAGAAACCGCCAGCUGGAAACAAAAGAGGAAAAAGAUAAACAUUUGGGUGGGCGGGGCAGUAGAAGCUGCAGCCGCUCUGUUCAUUCUAUAAAUCUAUUUUUCUAGAAACUGAUGCAGCAAUUAAAUUGCAUCCCAAAAGAUUUAUAAGAUUUUGAUAUUUUUCCCUACUCUGAAAUUUAAAUUGUAUCCAUACCAGUCAUGAUGAACAGCUGUUUUCUUGUUAAUAUUAACCCACUUGUGUAUUUUUAUUAUUUUAGUUCCUAGCUUUAGAAGUGUUUUGAUGAUAUCACUGAGAGAACUUGUAAAACCAUUUAUUUAGCCUAAUGUUAGCAGUGUUUUUGUUAAUAAGACCUAUUCAUAGAAAUUGAUGCAUAUUUGUUCCUUGUACAUAUAUAAACUAUAUUCUAGUAUAGAUAUGAAAAAGUUCAUAAUUUCUGUUCUUUGAAAAGGCCUUUUGGAAUCUACUGCAGGGCAUUUCUGUGAAUAUGUAUGUAAAUAUAUACAGCAUAAUGCACACGUGUGUACAUAUUAAAAUAUAUAUUUACACACGUACAAACCUUGCCUCAAUGUUAUCUCUAUCCCCUUUUGAGUAUUUCCUUUUCCAUGAUUUUGUCUUCAGAAACUCUCUGCUUGUUAGGAUGUUAUGUUGCAGUCCAUUGCUUACAAAUCUUUGCCAGUCUGCUUCAUUGCUGAGUUGUCUGUUCCCUCUCCGUUUCAGAGCCUUCACCUUCCAUAGCCACUCCAAAGAGAAGACUCACAGCAUCUGAUCCUGUGGCAUAUGCAAAUGGCUUUUAAAGCCUUAUCUGUUCCUAUUUUGAUCAGCAUCCUGAGUGAUAAUGAGGUUUUAAAAGUUUUCUUUCUUCCUUUCUUUUUUUUUUUCUAAGACUGACCUUCAGGAGAAUAUUUAAAAUUCUAGACCAUUGGUUUAGGGGCAAAGGACUGUGAAGCCAAAGUUCCCAAUUCUAUGCAGGAGAUGGAUGCACUGACUAUUACUCUAAUACCAUUCCAAGAUGGAGUUUUUUCACAUAGGGCUACUGACAUCAAUACCAAAAGAAAUAGCUUUUUAUCAGCCCUCAGUGUCUUAAGUAACUGCUUAAUAUGGAAUAGAGAAAUAGUAUAUUUUGAGAGCAAAAUAUUCAUUCUUGCCAGCAUCUCUAAACUACCCCAUGUCUUUCUAACAUAGGGAACCGCAUGUUAUAACAUGCUAAUAAUGUCAAAUUGCAUCUCUGUAGUUGGUGUUUCUAAAGUAAAAUGGUGGAGGUUGGAGGGGAAACCCUUUUAAGGAGUGAGCUGCCUUAUCUGAGAUUUAUUACAAAAAUAAUAGCUUCCACCACCAAACAUUGAGUUAUUUAUAUUGCAAAUACAGGUAUCAGAUGGAGUGUGAACAUGGAACUUCAUUGACAGUAAUGUACUUUUUUAUAUAGAAGGGUUUUGUAUAUAAUGUGUAUCAAAUAUUUACAGAAUCAUUUUCACCAAGGCAACUUUUUUUCUAAAACAAAUGUUGCAUAUCUAUAUUUUUUCUAGUAUGAUGUCAGUUGCUUUUGAUUGUAAUAAUGUUGUCAGGUACCAUUUUGUAUGUUUGGAAUGGUUCUACAUACAAUGAUUGGUCUUCAUUGAAUUGGAAUAUCUGUUCCUUGAUACAUUGAAAAAGGGAUAUAUUUGUUUUUUGGUACUAAAAUGGCUUUCACUUUUGUUACUGAAUCUGAGAUUAAGGGGGAGGGAGAUAGAAAAAGCGUGUGAUUUGUUUUUUGAACAUUGGUCAUAAUUAAACAUUGCAUUCAAACCAAACUGUUCUUUAAAAGGUGUAUUGCAUUGGGCUGCAAAAAACAAACAAAACCAAUCUGGGUAUUUGCAUUUCUUUGUUACUGCUUCAUUUCUUUUUUAAAAAUGUUAAAUUUUAAAAUGUUGAACCACUGGAAUUCUUGUACCAUUUGUGAAAAUUUUAAAUGUGCUGCCAUUGUCCACAUUGUCUCCACAUUGUCUGCACUUUGUCUGCAACCUACCAUUGUGUAAACAAUAAAAUUAAUUGCAUCACGCUUCAAACUCUUA